GACACACAGCUCGGCCAAUCCGCGCGCAUGGAUGCUGCCUCCCUGUUAGUCUUACCCCUGCAUAGCAUAAGGUGGUUAAGUGUUUCUACUGCUAUUUUGGAUAACUUUUCGACAUAACAUUCGUGUUCCCCGGGUGUGAGAAGUGCUACGCAAUGUCUUGCCGAUUUUAGAGCAAGAUUCGAGUGAGUCCAGCCCUUCUGGUGUGGGUUCAGGAGCCCUAAAUCCUGAGCGUGUGUCUAGUGACGACAGUGCUCACGUGAACACCCCAGCUAUGCUUGGUGAGAGUGAUUUUGGUGGUGAAUUUAGUGGUGAUGCAAGUGUUACUGGUGAUGGUACAGGUGACGUACUUAAGAAUGUUGGUGGUGGUGGAGCACCACGUGGUGCAGGUCGCAGGGGUCAGGAGCGUACCCCCCAAGGCCCUAUAGAAAAAAAGGGCAGGAUGAGAGAGCGUAGGGUUGAUGAGUGGGCACAGGAGGUUGCCAAGCGUAAGCGUAAUUUGGGUGAGGAGUAUGUAAGUUACAGCACCAAGAAAGUAGUCAAGGCGAGGCAGGUCGGCCCUCCCUGCCCAGACGGCUGCUUCGACAAGCUUGGCAGGGAUAUGAUCAACACCAUUUUCACCAAUUUCUGGGCAAUUGGUGACUAUAACACCCAGAAUGGCUACCUGCAUUCACUCAUCAGGAAAGUACCCGUGAAGAGAAGGCGGGUUGAAGCUGAAGUGAGCCGUAGGCCUUUUAACUACCAUUUUUUUGUGAAGCUUCGGCAGCGCGAGUUUAAGGUCUGCCGCCAAGGUUUCACUUCUAUUCACGGGGUUGGCAAGAAGAAGAUGGAGGUCCUGAUGCAUAAGUUGAAGGAAUCCCCAAGUGGAACGCCCAUCCUUGACAAGCGAGGACAUCAUCCAUCUUCCAAGGCCAUCAGAGGGAGCCGCCUGCAACAUGUGCACGAGCACAUUCGUGCCCUACCAGUGCUCGCUUGCCAUUACAGCCGUGCACACAGCCCCCACAGACGGUACCUGGAGGUCGGGGGCAGCAUCGCCGAACUCCACAGCAGCUACCUGGUGUGGAUGAGCGAACAGUAUCCUGGCGAAGAAACUGUCUCCAAGAGAUUUUACCACACUUUGUUCAAGAAGGACUACAACAUCGAGUUCGGUGCUCCUUUCGUCAGGGAUGAUAAAACGAAGGAAUUAAAUAAAAACAACUCUAUCAAGGGGAAUGUAAACGAACUCCACGAGAAAUUGGAAAAAGAAGAAAACAGCGAAGGCGAAGAAAUCAAACCUGAUAUCAAAUAUGAAGAGUUUGACCCUGAGACCGUAUAUGUGGAGGACGAUACUGGGCUGGUCAGCUUGUUGGAUCUAGACUCGUUACAACAACAGCAGCAGCAGCAGUCCCCCCAGCAGCACUCUCCCCCGAAUGACCACCUCACUAACGACAACGGCGGAGGCGAAGGCAUUAUUAAACAGUGUCCAGAUUUAACGGAACCCGUCCCUACCACCUCGUCUAGUGUCCCGUACAGUAGAGGAGAUCAAGUAAACGAGUUUCAUCUUUUUGGUAUGAACGUGGCCUCCCAGUUGAGAGCCAUGCCUCUUAGGGCGGCGCUUGAGGUCCAACUGCAGAUACAGAGAAUCCUCACGCAAAAGAGGUUGGAAAUACAGUGAUAGAUGGAUGAAUGUAUAUAGUUAGAUAGUUAGUUUAAGCUACAUAUGUACAAACAAAAUAUUACCUAUUGGUUCAGUGUACAGUCAACUAUACUGAGGUCCGUUCGCUUCUCUCCCCCCUGAACCACGACCCCCUGAGAUUCAGACUCGUGAACCCGAAGCAGUAGACUGAUACAUUAUUCUGCCCAUAAAUGUUUCUGAUUUGUGAGUCUGAAUUUCGGAGUUCGUAGCUCAGGGGGGAGAGGUGAACGGACUUUAGUAGUUGACUGUAUAGCUACAUGGACAGUGUAGCCGUUAAGAGGAAUUGUGGGUAACUAGGGAUUUUAAGUAAUCCCUCAAGAAAAAAGUGGAACUAGGGAUUUAAUGUAAUCCCUAAAAUGUAACCAGGGACUUGAGUUUACCUGAUGGCUGCAGUGACUAUAAAAAAAAUCCUGAAAACACAAUUAGGGUUUACAUGAAAUUUCUGAAUAAUUUGGGGGAUUACGUGACAUCCCUAAUAGCCACCAAUGAUAGUCCAUGGCAGCUCUCUGAUGACAGCCUUACGUGAGGACAAGAAUGCUGAAUGGGGUUGGUGUUGAGGUGAGAGUGUGUCAAUGUCAUGUCAAAUCAAUUAAAUUUCCGACUACUUAACGAACAGUGUCAUGUGUCAAGACCACUUUACGAUAACCUGUGUAGAAGUGUCAUGUCAGUAUACAUGCUUACCAACUGCUCACGGUGUCAAUUUUCAUGUCAUACCAAUAAAUUUUCCGUCGUUCUUGUCAUUUUUUGGGGAAGUUACAUCAUUAUAUAUAAAUUUACUUCUGAACUAUGAAUCUGAGUCAUCAGAUUUUACCAAUGACAAUGAAGAAAAAAGACAACAGCAAUCUGUACCAGGAGCUCUCGAUGUGAUUGUCUGUACAUACUUAACAACUCUCUGUGCAUACUUUGUGGGAAACAAUAUGAAACCAUGGACGAUAAUUUUUGGUUCACGAGGGUUGUCACUAGUCACUCCAUAAAAUCUCGGAGCAUAUCGACCUCCACCUGCACGAAUAGUUGUUUUAGCUACUUUACCUUGAGGGUGGGAGAACGCCUCUGAGUACUAGAGUCUCUGCGAUGUUUUGAUGCCAUUAUUCACGCCUAUUUUAGAUCUCGGCGUAUACUUGAGGCAGUUAGCUAACCUACUGCAAUUUAUAUGGACGUAACCGAACCCAACCUGACCUAACCUAUCCUGGCCAAAUCUAACCAAACUUACCCGGGCCUAACCCAAAUUAACUUAGUACUUAUCCUGACCUAACCUAACCCAAAGUAAGGUAACGUAACCUAAUCCAACCCAACCCAGCCCAACCUAACCUAACCCAACGAUUCCAUUUAUCAUGCCAAAUGCUCAAUGAUUGUCUAUAUAGUUAUUACUGUACCUGUACUUGUGGCUGUUCCUAUAUAAUAAAGAAUUUGUAAUUA